AUGCGAAACAUGUCUCUGAACAACGGCUUCUUGGGGCCCUACUACGACGAGAACGGAUGCUACUGGGUGAACUACGCUACCGGACAGCGUUCGUACCAGAUGGUGGGGGGGAGCCCUCACGUAAGCCCAAUGCAAGCUCCGAUGCGAGCCCAGCAGUACGGCAUGAGUCCUCCGCAGCUCGGCUACACCCCGCCGUUCCGUGCUCAAGGCGUCGCCGCCACGCCCAUCCUCCCUCCUCUUGCACUGGGUCCCAGCCAUGCAGAGGCGACUGUGCCCACUCGUAGGAGGGAAGAACUCUACGACUCCCGGGGCAACAAGUACUGGGUGAACACCGUCACUCGCCAGUCAACUAAUAUUGACCCAUACAUUUGAUCCGUCUCGGAGCGGGGGGGUUGUCAGCAUAAGAUGGCCGGGUGCUGAUCGCGCAACUCCGCACACUGUAUGACGGGGGCGGUUGGAUGAUGGCCGUGCGGCUUUCGUCCUAUCAGGGGAAGGCAUUGCUUUGUGCUGUUAUGUAAGGGGACACAAAUACCACCCCGCAUCGUCUCAACCUUGAUGUCUGGUAGCGAAAGGCUGUUAAACCAGUUCAUUCGACCAUGAACCCCUACCAAGGAUAUCGAAAUUACAUGGUGUUGUUGUUGUUGUUGUUGCUGUGUCUUUAGCUGUGACCGAGUGUCCCACGCAUAUUGUAUCCAUGGCUUGUUGUAUUAGGGGAUGUUGUGUUAGGUGGGAUAUGUUUUUUUAGCGCGUGCGUGAUGAUCAAGAUUUGACAGCGUUUUGAAAAAACAUGUAGCCCGUCUGCUGUUUGUAUUUGGUAUCCCUGUACGUAGGGAAAGCACAGGCAGACAUGUAUGUACAGGUGAAAUAGCCAACAGCGACACACGUUGCCGUCGAUACUCUUCAAGUCGUUCAUAGCACAUCCAGUGAGUGAUGAGGAGGAUACAGCGUUGAUGCGAGUUCACACACCAUUUUUUUAUUAAUUGACGCCAGCCUGGUAGGCAUUUGUUUUGUCGGCAGAGAGAGAGAGUCCUUUCGAGCGAACAAGAUGCAAGAUACCUACCGGAGUCGUUCACAGCAUGCAUGCGCUGCUGCUGUUGGUUGCACGUACACAGAGGGCAUGCUGUUUUGGGAAUGCCCACCGAUGGUGCUAUCGUGUGCGCCUUUGUGCCUUGAACUAGAUGUCGUGCUUCUGU